AUGGCAAAAAAGACGGCUGAAGAAGCUGAGGUCGAAGAUAUCUCAAAAGGUCGGUAUGGAACCUACGACUUGAUAAUGUCUUCCGAAGAGAAAGAUCUGCCAUUUAUUGACGUUAGCAAGCUGAAUACCUCAUUAGAAGGCAAAGAAGUUUGGGUAAGAGGUCGUCUUCACACAUCCCGUACAAAAGGCAAAACAUGUUUUGUCAUAAUUCGCCAACGGGUUCAUACUGUCCAAGCCAUGGUAUUUGUUGGUGAGCAAAUAAGCAAACAGAUGCUCAAGUUUAUAUCGAAUGUUACAAAGGAAUCGAUUAUUGAUAUCUGUGGAGUAAUACAAGGAGUUGAGAAUAAAAUUGAAAGUUGUACACAAAAAGAUGUUGAGUUACAAGUCACCCAGUUCUUUGUCGUAAGUAUGGCUGAACCUCGUUUGCCACUUCAAAUAGAAGAUGCUUCUCGGCCGCAAGAUGACAGCUCUGGGUUGUCGGUCGUAAACAUCGAUACUAGAUUGGAUAAUAGGGUGUUAGAUUUGCGUACAACGACUAGUCAGGCUAUAUUUCGCAUUGAAGAUGGAGUUUGUGAGCUCUUCAGAGCUUCCUUGAAAAAACGAGGUUUCACUGAAAUCCAUACCCCAAAAAUUAUUUCAGCCGCCAGUGAAGGGGGAGCCAACGUAUUUGAGGUUUCGUACUUCAAAGGCUCUGCUUAUCUUGCCCAGUCCCCGCAACUUUAUAAACAAAUGGCUAUUGCUGGUGAUUUUGAUAAGGUUUUCACAAUAGGAGCCGUUUUUCGAGCUGAGGAUAGCAAUACACAUCGUCAUCUUACUGAGUUCGUCGGACUCGAUGUUGAGAUGGCGUUUAAGUUUAAUUAUCAUGAAGUUGUCAGGACUGUUGCAGGGAUGUUUAUUGACAUUUUUAAAGGGUUAAAAAGGACUUUCCAACACGAAAUAGAGGUGGUUCGUAAACAGUAUCCGGCUGAACCGUUCGAAUUUGUAGAACCAGCGCUUAUUUUGAAUUAUGUGGACGGCGUGGAAAUGUUACGAGCAGAUGGCGUUGAGAUGGGUGAUGAGGAUGACCUUUCAACUCCGGCAGAAAGGAGACUGGGAGAAUUGGUGAAACAAAAGUAUAAAACCGAUUUUUACAUCCUAGAUAAGUAUCCUCUUGCAGUUCGUCCAUUUUAUACCAUGCCGUGUGCUCACAACAAAAAAUAUUCCAACAGUUACGACAUGUUUAUGAGAGGAGAAGAAAUUGUUUCUGGUGCGCAAAGGAUUCACGAUCCUAAUCUUCUCACGGAAAGAGCUUUACAUCAUAAUAUUGACCUCGAAAAGAUACGUUCGUAUAUUGAUGCGUUCAGAUACGGGUGUCCACCGCACGCGGGUGUUGGGAUCGGCUUGGAACGUGUAACUAUGCUAUUUUUGGGCUUGAGCAACGUGCGCCUAACUUCGCUUUUCCCCCGCGAUCCUAAACGAAUUACUCCGUAA